GUAGAGAGUGGGUGGAACCAAAAGGCAAUAAAACCCUUUUCAGAGAUAAGGAACAGGGACAGAAUCUAAUCUUGCUAAAUCAUACAGUCAGAGAACCUUGUAUCAGAUCUCAUCCUUGAGAUAUGCAACUUUAUUCUUUCUGCAUCCUUGUGCUGGGAGUGCCAUUGGUGAGCUUGUCUGACCCAGCGCAAUGCAGUUGUGAAGACAAGGCAAAUACCUGCACGGUCAUUGCAGGAAGUAAUGGAUUGCCAGGCACCCCUGGGAGCCAUGGAUUACCAGGAAGAGAUGGGAAGCAAGGCCCUCAAGGUGAACAAGGAGAGCAAGGUUUACGAGGAACACAGGGACCCCCAGGGAAAGUUGGACCCCCUGGCUGUAAAGGAGAUCAAGGGGAAAGAGGUCAGAAAGGUGACUGUGAAGGAAGAGAACUUGAACUUCUCAAAACACAAAUCAGCGGUUUACAAGCAGAGCUGAAGGCUUUGCAACUGACUACAAGUAAAACCUAUAAAGCCAUUCUAGGACAUAUAUUCCCAAACAGCACAACAGCAGAAGGAAAAAUAUUUGCAAUCAAUGGAGCUGAAGGUGAUUAUGAGACUUCAAAAGCAACAUGUUACAAUUUGGGUGGCCAAGUUGCUUCUCCAAGGAGUGCAGAGGAAAACAUUGCCACACUAAAACUCGCUGCAAAACUAGGAAGACAUGUAUAUCUUGGAAUGAAUGACCAGGAGACAGAAGGCAUCUUUAAGCAUCUAAAUGGUGACACAAUGAAAUACUCAAACUGGGCACCAAAGGAACCCAAUGGGGAACAAGAGGACUGCAUAGAAAUGUAUAUGGAUGGCAAAUGGAAUGACAUUGCAUGUAGUAACGUUCGGUUAAUAAUGUGUGAAUUUUGAUCUGACUGUCUUUAUGGGUGUUUCAACAUCUAUUAAGGCAGAAUUCAGAGAUCUGCUGUUUAAAUUACUGUGAAUCAUCACCUAUAACUCAGUCUUGUGGGGAAAAUCCCUUGUAUACUGAGUUCCAAAGAAUAACAAGAUUAUUAAAAGUCUUCUAAUACAGUAGAGGCCAGAAAGCUGAACAUGUGUUGGGCCGUUUCAGGUAAAUUAAUUUCAUAUGGACCACAGUAGAGGGUAUGUGCAAAAUUUGUAAAUGUGUGUGUGUAGUUUUAGUAUUGAGAUUAUGAUACUAUGUCUCUUUAAGGUACUAUAGGUAUACUAUACCACCACUACUAUAAAUUGACCUUUUGUACUUAUAAAA